UUAUAUUUUGGAGCAAGUGAUAUUUAUUAUAUUUAUAUUAUAUAUAAAUCAAUAUUAAAUGUAUUUCAGUUCAUUUUUACUUUUUUUAUAUGUACCUUCUUACUACAUUUCUAAAACCUCAAGAAAAAUAUGGUUAUGUUACGUGUACCACACUUUUGCAUCGGUGCUAGAGUCCCUAUCAUUUGGAAAUCCGAACUAACUCGAAGUAUUCCGAACACAAGUGACGUCACGAUCUAUUUGACAGUAUCCCAACACUAUCCAUACAUAUGUACCUACAUACAGAAAGGGUUUCCUCCCAUACCCCCUUCCCUCUCCGUGCUUCAUUCGUUUAAUGAUUGUCCUUUCUGAAGCAUGUAAUUCACACAGCCAGCGUCCAUAUUUAAAGACGCUUUAUCACGGACUAGUAGAAUGGAAUCUUAUCGAUUUAUCUACUCCAUUUCACACGCUGACUAAUCAUUUUAAUACAUACGUACUUGCUUCUCCUUAUCUUGAUUUAAGUUGAUGUAUUUAGUUUUACAUCUCGCGUGUACAUCAGAACGUGGCUCAGUAAUCUUUAUUCUGUACUAUUCUCCAAAACAGUUUUAAUAUAUUUGAAUUUUACUCGUUGUUUGUAAAAUAAAAAUAAUUUUUUCUAUAAUUCGAAAAAAGUAAUAUCUUCCAUUAAUAAUAUAUCUGUACAAUUGAAUACAUAUUAAAACAUCUUUUUCCUUUUUUGUGAAUAAGAGAGCAAUUAAUGUUCAACGACAUUUGGGUAAUCAAAUUAUAUGACUAUUUCAAGACAUUUAAACAAACAUCUCUAUUGAAGAAAUACGUGCAAGCAGAAGAAAUAAAAUGGUGUAAAAAAAAAUUCAUGUAAUCUUAAAAAAUGGCAAACAAUUCAGAUUCAGUCUGUGAAAAAAAGUCUACUCGUUUCCUACAAGUUCCUUUAAAAUCAACUGAACAGAUUUAUCUUGUCUUCUUAAUCCCAACAUUAAUUGGCUGUGUUACAUAUAUAAUUCAUUUCUCAGCUGAUUUAGUAGUUGCUAUACAACACUUUAAAGAAAAUAAUCCUGUAUGGGGAUGUUGUACCAUUAGUUUUAUGUAUGCACCAGCAAUUACAUAUUUUAUGCUAACUGUUUCGAGGCCAGAUUGGUGGAUGACAGAUGAUGAUAAACUGACAAAGGGUGUUUUUGGUUGGUUUUGCCUUCAAUUUUGUCAAUUUAUUGGCUUUGUUUUUUUUUCACUCUACAGGUAUGCAGGUCUUAUAGUGCUAUCUGUGGAUGCUAUUAUUUUGUCUGGGAAAGAGAGAACAAAGACUUUAAACAUAGCAGCUGCUCCUGCAGCUAUAGAACUAUACUUUUUCUUACAAGCUUGGUUUCAGGCAGCUCCUCAAGCAAUCUUUCAAACACAUUUGCUUUUUCGCGAAGCAUCAUUUCAUCAAAGUCAUCAAUCUGUGGUUAUAAAAGUGCUUUCCAUUCUUAUGUCUAUUGUGAUACUUGCUAUUCAAACUACCUCUUUUCAAAGAUUUGAAAGCCAACGUAUUAAUGGUAGAAAAUUACCAUGGGCAAUGUGGUUAAAAAAAUAUUGUGUUCAGGAACUUUGUGAUCUCGAAGAGAGAGCUCCUUUAAAGUUAUCAGAUAUAAAAGAGGAAGAUACUGUGCAUGAAACAAAUGCUAUAGAAGGAUCUGAAGAACAUAAAGGAUCUAUGAAAAUUGAAAAUGAGGACAAAGGACAAUUUGAUCAUGUUUCUUUAGAUCGUCAAGUAUCUGUAACACCUCCAUUACCACCAAAAAAUGUGCAUAUUAUACCGCCUCCGACUCCGUUACGUGGAAUUACCACAGUCGCAUCAUUGCCUAUCCCAGAUGUACCAGCACCACCGAGACCAGAUUCUAUUUGCACAAUCGUGGAACCUUCUGAAUUUGACAAAGUACUUACUAAACCAGCAUCUGUUACAGAAUCAAAUAAAAACCCAGAUAGUGUACAAAUUUUAAAGAUUCCACAACGGAGGUAUUCAAAGAAGGGUUUAGAGGAAGAUGAUCCCAUAGGCAAAUUUUUGUGCUUCCUAUGGUGGUUCUUUUUUAUUUUAGCACGUAUACUUGCUAUUGCUGUAUUUUAUGAAUUUUAUCCAAUUCACUUAUGUAUUGUGCUUAGCAUACACUAUGCUAUCAUGUUAACAUACCUCUUUUACUAUGCAAAAUAUUACGAUAUCAUUACUUUUUUUGUUAAUUUAUGGUUGGGAUUAGUUUACAUAUUUAGUUUGAUCGAGUAUAGAAUCAAAUUUAAGUAUGCAGACAAGUGGCUGUUACCAUACUAUGUCUUUGUACUAAUACAAAAUACAUUUCUAACAUUAGCUUGGUACCUUUAUGCAGACUGGGAUGGAUUUUGGUAUACUUAUGUAUUUUAUGUAAUUUUUGCAAGUAUGACACUUUGUAUUUUAUCAACCACAAUUUAUUGUGCUUUACUUAAGCCAAAGAAGCGUAGGAUAUAUACCAGUUGA